AUGGUAGAUUUUCACAUUCUAGAGCGCAAAGACUACUUUGAAACAUCUUAUGGUGUCCAGAACAGAGCUGGGCGGAUAGGAGGAUCUCACAUAGAAACUAGAUUCUUUUCUGUUUUAGAAAAUGGAAGUGCCCAAGUUGGAGAUUUGUUACCCUGCAAGAUUUGUGGAAGAACAUUCUUUCUAGCAGCACUAAAAAAGCAUGGACCCAUUUGCCAGAAAACUGCAUCUAAAAAAAGGAAGACUUUUGACUCAAGCAGACAAAGAGCUGAAGGAACGGAUAUUCCAACAGUAAAACCUCUUAAACCUAGGCCAGAACCACCAAAGAAGCCAUCUAAUUGGAGAAGAAAACAUGAAGAAUUUAUUGCCACCAUAAGGGCAGCUAAAGGACUGGAUCAAGCACUUAAAGAGGGUGGUAAACUUCCACCUCCUCCUCCACCUUCCUAUGAUCCUGAUUAUAUACAGUGUCCAUAUUGUCAGAGGCGAUUCAAUGAAAAUGCAGCCGAUAGACAUAUCAAUUUCUGUAAAGAACAGGCAGCACGUAUUAGUAAUAAAGGAAAAUAUUCUGCUGAUACCAAAGGGAAGCCAACCCCUCGGGCACAGUAUAAGCCACCUGCACUUAAAAAAUCAAAUUCCCCUGGAGCCACAUCAUCAGGAUCUUCACGAUUACCGCAACCCAGUAGCACUAACAAAACUGUUGUAGGCGUGGCUCCUGGUAAAAUGUCUUUAGUUAGCAGCUCUUUGGGAAACAAACUUCAGACUUUAUCUCCCUCCCAUAAAGGGAUAGCAGCCCCUUAUGUAGGAAGUAACAUCAAAUCUCGAAAUUCCACACCACCUAGUUUGGCAAAAAACCCUGCCUCUGGAGUGCCAGCAAGUAAAAGGAGAACGCACACCGAGGGCCACGGGAGCAGGCCAGAUGGUGACUACCUGUCUUCCCUGAAUGGUGGAAACAUUAGAAGCUGUGAAGGAAUUUCAUCUGGACACUUACCAAAAUUCUGCCACGAAUGUGGGACCAAAUACCCUGUAGAAUGGGCAAAGUUCUGCUGUGAGUGUGGCAUUCGAAGAAUGGUGCUGUGAACAUGACCCAAGGUCCUGAGUUACAUGUCUAGAGUUCCAUGGAUGCUAGAGCACUUCCUGUAGUUGAUUUUGUGCUAAAAUAUUCAAAAUACCUUUCCCAGUAAUUUUUGGAGCAUAAUUCCUUGGCUAUGUCAUGUGUAUGUGUAUACUGUAUAUAUAUUGUAUAUAAUAAAUAUCUGAUACUUCAUUCUGUGCCCUUCAAUUAUAAGUUCACAUUCAUGUUAGAAAAUAAUUUCACAUGAAAUCAUUAACUUAGAUACUGAUUUCUUGGCAAUGGUAUGAAAGCAUAUUAGGUACACUUUCACAAAUGCAAACUUUAAUACUGAGGAUUUAACCUGCAGCAAAACAAUCACAAUAAACUUUUUUUUUUCCAAAUUGGUGCCUAUCAUUGUAUAGUAUUAUAGUAGGAAUUUCGUACUUGAGGGUAAUACGUUUAGUCACAAUUAGUCAUGUGAGAUUUCCUUCCUGCAGAGAGUUUGAACACUUAAUUUUAUAAAUCUUUAAAAAGAAAAGUCCGCUAUCAUUUACUUAGUGCAUUAUUUAAAUAUUCUCACACAUCUUUUUGAAGAUAUGAUUAUGUGCUUUCUUUUUAAGAUAAAUGGAAAUACAAAUGUAUCAUAUUCUAAGUAGAAUUGACUUUCAAUUAUCUGUAAGAGUUAAACAUAAAUGCUUUUUACUUUCAAUUGUGUCUCCAAAUUUCAUAUUUGUCCUGCUACCCCAUAACCUUAUGUAUGAGUCAUGGUCAUAAUAUACAGCUACUUUUUUUUUUUUCAAAAUUUGAAGUUAAUUUAAUGUACAUUGCAUAUUUCUUUCGAACUCUUACAUGUUGAAAUAUGUUUUCUUUCUAUAGGGCUGAAUUUAGAAGAAAUUAUUUUAACAGCCACCUCUGUUGAUAAAUAAUAAUUAUGGUCAUUAAUUGUUAGUACAGGGUACACAGGUAAAAAGUAUAUUAAUUUGAGUCCCUUGAAGAAUAGUUAGAGUGGCUAUAGGAAAGUUAACAGAAUAUCUCAUUUUCUCUCCCCAUAUUUUCUUCUCUAGUGUUUAAUGUUGAAACACCAUUUAUGUCACAAUAAAAAGUCAUGGAAGUAUA